AUGUCUGUCCGUAGCGUUGUGCCGGGUUCUAUGGUGUCCAUGAAAACUUGGUUCAUAGUGGCUGUAUUAUGCGAACUCACUCCGGCGUCGUGCGCCACAGAUUGGGGAUACGAUGACGAUAACGGUCCAAGUGUAUGGGCGACAACAUUGAACUAUACCACGUGUGGUUCCGAGUCUCAGUCGCCCGUGGACAUCGUGAUUGCCGACUGCGAAUAUGACGACCUGGGAACGUUCACCCUUGACGGUUUUGAAAACGAAUACGACGGCCAAGAGAUAUCGAUGGAAAACAAUGGACAUACAGUUUUGAUUCAUUUGGAUGGAGAUUAUUUUGUGUCCGGUGCUGGCUUGUCCGAAUACAAGGCUCAUUAUUUCCACUUUCACUGGGGAAGUGACAACUCGCAAGGAUCCGAACAUGAAAUUGACGGAGACAAAAAGGCGGCUGAGUUUCAUCUGGUUUGUUAUAACGAAGACUUGUACGGUAGCUACACCAACGCGCUGGGUAAGAAAGGUGGUAUUGCCGUGCUGGGAUUCCUCAUUGAGGCUGGAGAGCCUAAUUCGGCAUUUGACGCUCUUUUAAACGAACAUUACAACGUAGCCAACAAAGAUGACGAGUACACAUUUACAGAGCCAUUCCAACUCUUGCCGAUGUUCCCGUCGGACUUGACUCGUUUCUACCGCUACGAAGGUAGUACCACUACACCACCUUGCUAUGAAAACGUUACAUGGACUGUCUUCAAAGAGGUUGUCGAAAUUUCAGAGGACCAGUUGGUAGGAAUUCCUCUUUAUCCUGCGAUCCUGAGAUACGCUCUUGCAAUGCACACUGGUAGAAUUACACCAACUAGAUCUUGCCGGUAG